UGAACUAAAUAAUAUGAUUACCUAAUCACCAUAUCUCUACAAUUUCAGCGGGAAUGGUUGAAACUUUCGGCUGCAAUAUACCAGUAGCCGUGAUUGAUUAUGAAAAGUAUAUUGUAAAUAGUACUAAAACCAAGAACGAUAUGUGUGGAGUUCGAGCCGUAUUUAUACGAAAACAUGACGACGAUAAAGUUAUAGCCCGAAUAAAAAUGCAAAUAAUGUCGAAAUAUGCCAUGAAUGACGGCAAUAUUCAAUGCUGUUAUAGAUUUAUUGUCGACGCCAUACAUUAUCCACGUGAUCGUCCGAGAUUAAUGUUCAGUAACUGCACAUACUUUCAAGAUACGACCAUAAUAACAUUACAGUCUGAUUUCAUCAACGUGAUAUGUUCAGAAAUUAGUAUUAAUGGGACAAAACAAAUUAUCUACGAUGACAUGUAUGCCUUUAGCAAGAAAAUUAACUUUACAAAGGCAAAGGAAAGUAAAUGCAACGAUCAAUACAACGUUCUUAUUCUGGGGAUGGAUUCGAUGUCUCUACCUCGCAUCGUAAAGACGAUGCCUAGAACUGCUACUUACUUGAAUGAAGACCACUGGCUGGGUUUUAGAGGAUACCAUAAGGUUGCAGAUAACUCACUACCCAACAUAAUGGCUGCAUUAACUGGAAAAAAUAUGUCUACAAUAAUACAAAAGUGUCACGGAUCCAUGGACGCCUGUAACCGUUACCUUAUUUGGAAAGCAUUUAAGAAUGAUGGUUACGUUACAGCUUACGGAGAAGACAAUUUAAAAAUCGCAAACACUUUUAUUAAAGACUAUGCAUUUCGAAGAGCACCUACAGAUCAUUACAUGCGCCCGUUUUUUCUUAAAGGAGAGAAUAAUCGCCGAAACAAAACAUCUGUAUGCACAGGAAAAAUAUCUUCAGGGCAACAACUACUAGACUACGCUCUCGAUUUCGCCAACACUUACAAGAAGGAUUCUUUCUUCGGCUUUUUUUGGAUAAAUUCGUUUAGCUACGACGAAAAAAGUCGGCCAGAGGAAGCGGACAAACUUAUAGAAAACUUUCUGAACCAGUUAUCAUACACAGGCAUUAUGGCAAACACUUUUAUAAUAUUUCUGAGCGAUCACGGUCUGCGUUUUGGAAAUCAUCGCCUCAAAAUGGAAGGUUUCUACGAUGAUCGUAUGCCAAUGCAUUUUAUGUGGGUUCCUUUUAUUUUUAAAGGCCAAAACUCUUAUGAAUUUCGUGCUCUGGCAAUAAACCAGCAUCGAUUGUCUACACCUUAUGAUAUGUAUAGCACGCUCUUGGAUAUAAAGAGAAUAUCUUUAUGCAGUAAUUCUAGUGACCCAGCACCGGAAGGGUGUCGGAACUGCCACUCUUUAUUCUCAGAAAUCAGUGGCAACCGCACCUGCGAAGAUGCGAACAUUCAUAAAAAGUGGUGCACUUGCCACAAACUAUACCCCCUCGCCACAAACGACCCGAUAGGAAUUAAGAGCGUAAACGUAGUGGUGGAUUACAUUAAAAGGAUGACAGUUACAAUAGCCACGCAAAGAUGCUGGAGUUGCAAAGUCCCUUCUUUAAAACAUAUUCACAGAAUACAUUUCUAUUAUAAUUUUAAUGCAGAUAAUUCUGAAAUAUAUUAUGUGAUUGCGAUUACUCUUACACCAGGUAACGCCACCUAUGAAGCGACUGUAUUGAAGAAGAAUGACUAUAGUAUAGUUGGGCCCCUUAGUUUUAUUUCUUACUACAAAGGAUUAGGGCAGUGUGCCUUAAAUCGUCAAGACCGUCUUUUUUGUGUAUGUCAAAAGACUGAAAAUUGUUAAGUUAUGAAUUUGUACUGAUAAAGGUUUCUGUUUCUACAAGUGGUUACCUGUAGUGGAAAGGUCUGUUUAAGACUGUCUGUUAGUCAUAGACGUAUUUGGUCAGGUUGCUAGUGACCUAUUAGGACCACCCAGAUUGCAGUUUAAAUGUGUAGUGUGCAAUUCCGUAACGUACCCCGCCAAAAUGUGUUCAAAUUUAAUAUUAUACUUUUAUGAUAUGGAAUAUCCGCUAUUUUUAUUUGACUUGUAACUUAACACUGAUGUGUUUAGUUUAAACAAAAUUAUUCUUCAGCAACAAAUUCAGUUUCCAAGACAAUUUAAAAAGAUAAUAGUUACGAACAUACUUAAUUAUUUACAUAGUAUACGACAUAUGUACGUAGAUAAUGUUAUUGAAGUUAAGUUGUUAACAUAAAGUAAGGAGGAUAUAAUAUAUAUCUACCUUGAGAAAUUCCUUUAAAAAAUAUAUAAUGUACUUAUUUUAAUGUAGAUAAUGUAUGUAAUCGGCGAAACGACUGUACUUGUUUAAUUAUAGUUUAAUUACUGAACAUUUUAAAGAAACGAGGUCUUUCUAAAGUUAACUUUUUACUCAAAAGAGUAACA